GCUUCGGCCCGGGGCCUCUUUUUGUCUUGCGGCGCCCGCCCCCCCCGCCCGGCCUUGUUAUCCGAACGGGCCGGCGACUCGAUUGCGAGCACUCUGGGCAGGCGGCGCGCACGCGUGCGUGGCCGCCAGCCCAUUUUCUGUCUAGGCGCGGCGCGGGCGCGUCCCGGUGGGUGGAGCGGAUCAUGGUCCCCAGCCUGGGUUUUGCCGUUGCAGCCCGCCGGCGGGCGGUUGCUUUGUUUAUUCCCGUCGUGUCAGUCGCUUGCGUGGCCCGCCGUAUCUCAGCUCUAUGGCCGCCAGUGUCUCUAAGAAAGUUUUAUACUUUUGUCGCCGAGGUUGCGCGCAUGUUGGUUCAUC